AUUGUUUAUUCACUAUUACACGUGCCAACAUAUUAGUUCUCGGUGCUCCACUAUACGCCUCUCGCGAAGUCAAUCCUGACGACGCCCAAAUAUAAAAAUCUCUUUCUUUACUUUCAUUUCGAUUGGUUUCCAUCGCCGGCAAUCUUCUAGCCGCUAAAAAUGUCAUUUUUCGGCGACUUACGUCAUACACCUCCCCCCACCAAGCCACCUGGGGCCGCCGCGGUCGGCGGCGCUGACCCUCUGCUGAACCUUGCUAACGUCCAAGCAAGAAUGGACUCCCUCCACAAGUUCCUCUCCACCUCCGUCACCAGCAACAUUCUCCUCGGAGAAGAACAGAUGGGCAUGGUGUCCACUGAGAUCUCCGCCGCCAUACACCAGAUUAUAGUCAACGGCGCCGCCCUCCUCGCUUCCACCCAAGCCGCCGCGGAUGAAGUUAGCCCCGGCGUGUCCGCCCAAGUUAUUGACCAUAAAUCGACGAAUAAACGUCUGUUUUCCGAGAUCGUUGACCAGAUCGCGGUCGCGGCGGAGGACGGCGGAUCCGGCGGCGAGGACUGGGAAAUCAUCGAGCUGGACGCGGUGGAGCUGCUGGCGGAGCACAUCCACUUCUGCGAGAUAUGCGGGAAGGGGUUCAAGCGAGACGCGAAUCUCCGGAUGCAUAUGCGAGCUCACGGGAACCAGUUCAAGACGGCGGAGGCGUUAGCGAAGCCCGGGAAAUGCGGCGGAGAAUCCGGGCCGGUCCGGAAAACCCGGUUCUCGUGCCCGUUCGUCGGGUGCUCGAGGAACAAAACGCACAAGAAAUUCCGGCCUCUCAAAUCCGCAAUCUGCGUCAAGAAUCACUUCCGGCGGAGCCAUUGCCCCAAGCUCUACUCCUGCAACCGCUGCAACAAGAAGAGCUUCUCCGUGCCGGCGGAUUUGAAGAGCCACGCUAAACACUGCGGGGAGACCAAGUGGAAAUGCUCGUGCGGGACCAGCUUCUCCCGCAAGGAUAAGCUCUUCGGCCAUAUGGCGCUGUUCGAGGGCCAUAUGCCGGCAGUGGAGGAUGAAAAAGCGGCGGCGGCGGUUCCCAUGGCGGAGGACGAUGAAGAAGAAGAGGAUACCACGGCGAAGAAAGAUACAAAUUCAGGCGGGUCGGAUAACGCCUUCUUGGACCGACUUCUUAAGGACGACUGUGACUCUAUUGACAAUUAUUGCUUCCAAGAAAUCCUGGGCUGGCCUUCUCCUAAUGCCGCAAAUGGUUUAGGGCUCGAAACUUUCUUCGGUCUUUGAUAUGAACUUUAGUAUGAAGUUGUUGUUCAUAGUCUUAUUAUGUUUUGUUCUAUAUGAAUAAAAUGAAUGGUUUUCUAUUUUGUGAUUCA